UCGGGGGCGGGACCCCAGGAAGAGCGAGGGAGCAGAACCGCUGGGGAGCAUCAGACGGUGGAGAGGCGCUAUGGCGGGAACGAAUCCCGGGGCCCGCUUCUACCGGCAGAUCAAGAGACAUCCCGCGCUCAUCCCGAUGAUCGGCUUCAUUGGCCUGGGAAUGGGCAGCGCCGCGCUGUACCUCCUGAGACUCGCCCUGCGCAGCCCGGACGUCUGCUGGGACAGAAAGAACAACCCAGAGCCCUGGAACCGCCUGAGCCCCAAUGACCAAUACAAGUUUCUUGCAGUUUCCACUGACUAUAAGAAGCUGAAGAAGGACCGGCCAGACUUCUAAGUUGGCUGGGGUGCCUGUGAGAAGUAAACCACCAUCAGCC